AUGACGCGAGUCCUUGAUGAUUUUGUGCUGGAAUGUGCUGGUAUCCAGUUCGAUGAAGAACUCGUAACGCUCGAGGAGUUGAAAAAGGAGAGUCCCCAGGCCAGAAUACUGGCGCAAUAUUUGCUUGACUUCAAGCACAUCAUUGCCAAAGAGCGUUGGAAUGAAGUGGAUAAGCAUACCAGAAGAAGCGUGUCAGAACAGGAGAAGAAUUACAUCAGAAUACCCGAGGAUCGACCAGAUGUGCAAGCUGCCAUGUCAACGAAAGAAGUUUUCGAAGACCACUACAAUAUCGCACGCUGCGAUGCAAAUUUUGAUAUAGCAUCAGAAAUCAAAAGGAAAGCAGAAUAUAUCCGUUCGGAAGAUGAAAGACGAUGGACUGAAGUCAUAGAAGAUACUGUCUUCAAGAGACUGAGAGACAAAGCCAGAAAGGGAGAAAGCGAUAAGCACCGACCAAGAUCCGACGAUGUCAUCAAGCGGUUCAGAGUUGACCAUACGUGGGAGUUUGGUGGAAUCGUACUCUCAAAAUACUCUCGAGUGUCAUCGUUCAGAUUGAAGGCCCCAAAGCCUGAUCUUUUCCUUAGUUUCCAUGCCUACGAGCGAGGUGAUACCGAGUGCGGGCCUCUGAGCGGGGAAGAUUACAUCGAGAACUUCGGCAUGACAUGUCUCAAUGAUCUCUACGACAAAUACCGCACUAUGGUACGAAAACGUCCGGAUCGAAAAUUCGGCUUCAACCCCAGUCCCUGUAAAGAGUUCUAUAUCGCAAGUUCUGUGAAAGAUCGAACUUGUUUUCCAUGGGCUGUUUGUGAGUGGAAGCAUCACGGUCACAUCGGCACACGCUACGAAGAUUACCUACACUGUCAAGCUGCCAAUGCAGCAGCCGUCUGCUUAACACUUUUCGCAAACGCUGCUGCUGGCGGGCGAGCGUCCCCCGUUCUAGGCGAGAUUCGUCCUGUGGUGUGCAUGACGUUCACUGGGCCGAACAUCAAAGUGUGGAUUGCAUAUGUGACUGAGGUCAGGAAGGCUCAUUAUCGUUAUCGAAUGCGAUGCAUAUGGAAAGGAAGCUUGAAAAACGUUUUGGAUAACAUCAAGCUGUGCGUUAUCAUCGAAAACCUCCACUUCUGGGCGAUGAACCACUUGCGACCAUGGCUUUCUGGUUGUAUCGACCAAUGGAGACGAUCGACUGAUGAGGCAGACAAAAUGGAAAACAACCGUUCGCAGGCAGCAAAAUCAGCCAACAAGCCGAACUCAGGCAACAAGCCACAUAACUACAAACCAAAUUUCGCACUUCGACGUGCGAACACGUUAGACACUUGCUUGGAACAAGACAGUGAUUAUGUGCCUGAUGACAAUAGUGAGGAUGACUCCGAAGUUUCUGGGUACGAAGACGGGGACGAGGAUGGAGAAGAAGACCCCGACGAUGGUGAGAAUGAGAUCGAAGAUUACGAUGACGACGACGAAGAACAAGAGGAGAACAUCGACAAAGCGCUAGGACAGCUUGAAAGAUCUUUGCGUGGGGAUAAAAGGGGUCUGGAAGCCCUGCAACUACUUUUGCAAGCCCUAUGUUACGUGUAG